UUUUUUAAAUCACACUCCUAGUCAGCAUUCAGACCUGUCACCACACGUGGUGAUGGUGAAGGCCAGAGGACAACCGUCUGUCUAUAGAGUUGCUUUUGGGUUCUGGGGAUGGAACUCAAGAGGGUUGGGUUUAGAGAUUACCACCUGAACUAUCUCAAAGCAGCUCAGGCCCUGACCUUGACUUCCAAUACUCCCGCCUUGGCCUCUUAAGUAGGUAAGAUACCAGGCCUGGCCUUUGAGCUUUUUCUUUUUAAAAACACACUGAGGCCAGCCAGUAUGACCUUGAAUUCAUGAUUCCUUCUGCUUCCAUCUUCCAAAUGCUGGGAAUAUAGACAACUACCAAGCACCGUCCAUGUGGUGCUGGGUGCUAAGGUUCUUGUGUGCAACAGGCAAGCACUCUUGAGUUCCAUCUCCACCCAUUCAGUCUCUCAGCUGCUACAAAUAUGAUAGGCUGACUGGCUUCCACAUGGAAUGACGGCUAUACUCGAACACGGGGCGGAAAACCGCCCCAUCAUCCUGGGGGACAGACAGGAUCAAGAAACAAUUUAUCUAGUGGGGUCAGCAAGAGAGCAAGGACUGCAAGGAAGUCAGAGCAAGGGGCAAAACCUAAGAGGGUGGCAUGAUGAGCACAGCAUGUAGCAAGUAGGGAUGGCUGGAAACAGAAACCUUGGAGGUGGGACACACAGAAUGAUCAUAUGGAUAUGUUGGCUGGCUAAGAAUCGGGGGUAGGGAGAUAAAAAGGGGUGAAAUCAGGCCCCCUCCCAGGGGUGGGGGCUUAAUCUAAAAGAAAAUAAAACGAUUUUAGUAGUAGAUGAAAUGACUCAGUGGAGAAAGGCUGCCAAACAAUCUGACCUGAGUUCCAUCCCUGGGACCCUACUAUAUAGUAGGAGAACCAACUCCUGCUAGCUCUUCUUUGACCACCACAUACAUACACAAUAAACGUUAAAACAAACAAGAAGGUUUAAGAGUCCUGAUUAGGACUCCGUGGCCUACUUUCCAUAGCUGGUAUAUUUGUGCGUAUAUCUAUAAACAGCGACAUCUCGCUGUUGCUCCCUUGAACUCGUCUAUGAAGCCUAAGCUAGCUUGAACUCGCCAUUCCGCGAUGAGCUUAACCCACGAGGUCUCUCGGAGCGACAUCGGUUUUAGGGACUGGUGGCAAAUUUGUGAAGCAGGGAUAGAUAACGGGAUGAGCUGGUUACGGGUGUAAGAGAGAUCGAAUAGGAUCCAACCGAUACAGGAAACAGAGUCCGGGCCCCCAGCCUGAAGCAGUGAGUGAAGGGUCAGGGCGACAUGGCGGGCCCGGGGUCGCCACCGCCCCGUCGGGGCCCCGCGAGGGCGGAGCGCGGAGGGAUCCAGGCAUCCCGCGCUGCGCCGCCCCCGGUAUAUUUGUUCCCAGGCCCCGGGGCCGCCUCAUUUUCAACCCUCUCAGCAGUCUCCCUUAACGCUCCUGCCACGCCGCCUCCGCCCGUGCAAUGGCUCUGUAGCCGCGAUCUCGUCGUGUCCCCCGCCCCGUUUCCGCGCUCACCGCGACUUCACUCUCUGCUCACACCGACUCUUCAACUGAGGCCGCCGCCGCCGUUGCCUCCUCUCCUUUUCGCAGCCAUGGAGCCCUCCACCUUCGCCUUGGUGCCUGUCUUCACCCAGCUGAACAAUCUUCCACGCUGCCUCCCAGUUGUUGGUGCAGCCUCCAUUGCCAUCGCAGCCCUGCACCUGUGCCUCAGCCAUGUCACUCCUGGCGACCCUGGGACUGGAGCUGGACAGGGCCCUGCUCCCAGCUAGCGGGCUGGGCUGGCUCGUAGACUAUGGGAAACUCCCCCUGGCCCCUGCCCCCCUGGGCCCCUAUGAGGUCCUUGGGGGUGCCCUGGAGGGCGGGCUUCCAGGGGGGGGAGAGCCCCUGGCAGGUGACGGCUUCUCUGAUUGGAUGACCGAGCGGGUGGACUUCACAGCCCUCCUUCCUCUGGAGGCCCCUCUGCCCCCAGGCACUCUCCCCCCACCCUCCCCUGCCCCCCCUGACCUGGAAGCCAUGGCAUCCCUACUCAAGAAGGAGCUAGAACAGAUGGAAGACUUCUUCCUUGAUGCCCCACUCCUUCCACCGCCCUCCCCACCUCCACCCCCACCCCCAGCACCCUCUCUGCCCCUGCCCUUACCCUUGCCCACCUUUGAUCUCCCGCAGCCUCCUACCCUGGAUACCCUGGACUUGCUAGCUGUUUACUGCCGCAGUGAGGCUGGGCCAGGGGAUUCAGGCUUGACAACCCUGCCUGUCCCCCAGCAGCCUCCUCCUCUGGCCCCUCUGCCUUCACCCUCCCGACCAGCCCCCUAUCCUAGUCCUGCCAGCACCCGAGGGGACCGCAAGCAAAAGAAGAGAGACCAGAAUAAGUCAGCUGCUCUCAGGUACCGCCAGAGGAAGCGGGCAGAGGGCGAGGCCCUGGAGGGCGAGUGCCAAGGGCUAGAGGCGCGGAAUCGGGAGCUGAGGGAGAGGGCAGAGUCAGUGGAACGGGAGAUCCAGUAUGUGAAGGAUCUGCUAAUUGAGGUGUAUAAGGCACGAAGCCAGAGGACCCGCAGUGCCUAGGGUACAGGAGGAGGCAGUUCUGGUGUACCUGUGCCUCCAGCUUCACCCUGUCCCUCCAUUUCACUUCCCUGUGCAUCCGUGUCUAGGUCUCCCCUCUGCCUAUCCCCAUUAUGGGUUAUUUGGCAUAGUCAGUUUCUGUACCCCUUCAGUGCAACUGAGAAACCAAGGCCCUCAGGGAAUCAGAGGAGCCAGCCUGAUCCCUGGUCUCUGGAGUCUUAAAACAAGUGUGUUUUUGCAGGUAGUCCUAGUUGGGUGUCGGGGGGAGGCUGCCAGGCCUGGCAUGGACAUUAGGCAGGAAGCCACUCUGGAUGAUUGUGCACAUGAGAACCUAGUCAGGGAGGGAGGGUUUUAAGGAGAGGACUUAGAAUACAAGUGAGAAGCCAGCCGAGGAAAGGGAACCAAGUCCUCAGAAUAGAAGGCUAUACUGGCCUAGGGACAGGAAGGGGUGGCUGUAGUUGGUAACUAGGGUGUCAUUUUAGCUCUGUGAGAGAAUCAGUGUUUUGUGAAGGUGUGGGGGAAGGGUUGCAUCUGGUGGGGGCUGAUCCUCCAGGGGUUGUGGGCUCAAAUAAAAUGCAGACUUUCCUGUG